AUGGCACCCUCUAACGUGCAAGACGAGAUCAGGCCUCCGGCUACGUACGAGAGCCAUGAUGUGGAAAAGUCGAUGGGCGCAAACGAAGAAAAGGUCGAUGGCGCUCCCCUAGUGGUAUCGGACAAGCUUGCACGCCAGCUCUCUGCUCGUCAGGUGCAGAUGAUUGCGAUUGCGGGAACGAUUGGGACAGGACUGUUCUUGGGGACAGGCAAGUCGCUGGCUACUGGAGGCCCAGGAUCAAUGUUGAUAUCGUAUUCCAUUGUGGGAGCCAUUGUCUUCAUCACCAUGCUCUCUCUCGGCGAGAUGGCCACCUUUAUACCCAUCGCCGGUUCUUUCUGUACAUAUGCUGGACGCUUUGUGGACGAUGCCUUUGGCUUUGCUUUGACCUGGAAUUACUGGUUCAACGAUGCGGUUGCAACAGCGGCAGAUUUGGUCGCCUUGCAGCUUCUGCUGAAGUACUGGACGGAUUCCUUUCCUGGAUGGGCGUUCAGUCUCAUAUUUCUCUUCGUCCUGGUCGGACUGAACAUAGUGUCCGUUAGGGCAUACGGCGAGAUGGAAUAUAUCCUCAGUUUGCUCAAAGUCGUCACUAUAGUUAUAUUCAUCAUUCUUGGAAUUGCUGUCAACUGUGGUGGCAAUGUCGACCACAGGUAUAUUGGCGGCAGCGUCUUUCUCAAGGGGGAUGCGCCCUUCGUUGGCGGAAUUGGUGGCUUUGCCUCCGUAUUUGUCACGGCCUCAUUCGCAUACGGCGGAACGGAGUCCAUUGCCAUCACCGCCGGAGAGACGAAGGACCCCACGCGCACCAUGCCAAAGGUGAUCCGCAAUGUCUUCUGGCGAAUCCUGAUUUUUUAUAUCCUGGCCAUCCUCAUGAUUGGUCUGAAUGUGCCAUACGACUACCCAGAGCUGACCACCAAGGACUCCCGGACCUCCCCCUUUACCAUCGUCUUCCAGCAAGCAGGCAGCCGUAUUGCAGGCAGCUUCAUUAACGCCGUCAUCGUCACUAGCGUCAUUUCUGCUGGUAACCAUGCACUGUUCGCUGGCACAAGAUUGCUCUACACCCUUGCUGUUAAUGGCCACGGUCCUGCUAUUUUCGGGAAGCUUAAUCGGUGGAAGACCCCGUGGAUUGCUGUCAUAGGCACAUCUGCCAUUAGCGGCCUUUGCUUUGGUGCAAGCUACAUCGGUGCUGGCCAACUCUGGACUUGGCUACAGAACAUUGUUGGUGUAUCCAACCAACUCUCCUGGAUGGCUAUUGGAUUCUCCUCGCUGCGUUUCCGCCAGGCUGUCCGUGUGCAAAACCUCGAGCAUCUUCUCCCUUUCAAAAAACUGGACUUACCCGUGGGGACCCAUCCUAUCAAUCGGACUCAACGGUUUGCUCAUCCUCGUCCAGGGGUGGUCGUGCUUUUAGCCCAAAGUUCAAAACCAGUUGACUUUGUCAGCUUCUAUAUACAAAUUCCGAGAUGGAUCUCUUGA